AGCCAAAAUGGGUACAGUUACAAGAUGCCUGAUGUUCCUGAUGCUUUUCCAGAACUAUCGGAACUUAGCCUUUCACAGCUGACAGAAAUGAAUGAGCAAGAAGACGUGCUGCUGGAACACUUUGCUAAUCUGCCUCAGUUGAAGCAAGUCAUCGAUGAUAAGGAUGAUUUAGUGAAAAGUAUUGAAGAGCUAGCAAAAAAAAAUCUACUGUUGGAACCUAAUUUGGAGGAAAAAAGGCAAGCAGUGCUAGAUAAAUAUGAACAACUUACCCAGUUGAAGACCAUGUUUGAAAAGAAGAUGCAGCGGCAGCAUGAACUUAGUGAG